AUGGCGGUGGCGCGGCGGCGGCGGCAGAGGGCGGCGGGCGGGGGUAAGCGCGGUCCGCCCGCCGCCCUCCUCAGCCCGCCCUCCUCGGAGGACGAGGCCCCGGAGGAGGUGUCCUUCGGCGUGGCGAAGGAGGCGGCCGAGACCCAACGGAAGCUGGUGGGGGAGGCGGUCCGGAGGCACCGGGAGCUGCUGAGGGAGAAGCGGCGGCGGCGGCAGGAGCUGUUCGCGGAGCAGAAGAAACGGAAGCUGCUCCCCGAGGCGCUGCUGCAGGAGCUGGCCGCCGCGCCGACCGACCGAGGCGAAGGGCAGGCUGCGGCAGCUGACCCAGGUAAGCACCAUGGAGGUGGGGCUGUGAAGCAGAGACAAGGCCAGGCUGUGAAGCAGAGACGAGGCCGAGCCCAAAGGCAGGUGAAGAAAGCCAAGCAAAGAAAGAGUGCCAGGUCAAAAGGAAACUAUACAGCUGUGUGCUUAAAAGAUCAGAGUAUAACAGGCCUCCACCAACAGCUCGCCAAAGACUUUUUAAACACUCAUCUCUAUGGACCAGAUGCCAACCGGGCACAGGCAAAUGAUUUUUUUUCCCUUGAAAACAAGAAAAACCCAGUUAAAAAAGCUGCAGUUCAGUUUGUGGACAAAUCUUGGGGGCAAGAAAAAAAGGAGAGAGCAACAAGGUUUAAAAAAAUUUGGCUUGCAACACAGCUUAAAAAUCAAGUAUGAAGACUGUUUUUUCAGAAGAUGCUAUUAAGGACGUUUUUACUGAAAGUUAGUCUCUCAACACAACAAAGGUGGUUUGUUUCCCCACUUCUCUCCCAUCAUUGCUUUGCUUUCAGCACUAGCCAACAGCCACCAGAAGGCACUAACCUUCACAAACAGACUGACUUGCCUCUUCUCUUCUUUUCCCUCCCUGCCCCCUUCAGAAGUGGCUGGGGAAGCUAAGGAACAGCUGGGCCAGGGCAGUGACUGUGUGUCCUUAAUACUGAUUUAGAACAGCUGGUGUUAAGAGCAGGCUUGUAGAGCUGCCUCCACAAGGCAGCUCCUUCGCAGAGAAUAAAGAUGAAUGGUGUUGUACUUACUGUUCUGGAUGCUGCUUUUCUAAUAGCGAUCUAUUAUUCCUGCUUUUUCAGUUAUUUGCAUAUCUAAAGAAAGGCUGUAUCCUAAUAUCAGAAUCAUAAGUCAGCUCACACAGCAGGACACUUCUGCCCAGCCCAAUGAUUACUUUCAAGGAAUAAGAGUUGUUUUUCCCUGUCUUCAGGCAGUACUGAAUAAGCUUCCCUCAAUGCCUUGAUUUUGCACUGCCAGCUAGGCUUGCUUUGGGGCAAGAACAUUAAACCUUUAACUUUUGAGAGCUCAGCUGCUGCAGUGCUCUGAUGCAGGGAAGUGGCAUCCCCAGUUGGACCAGCAAGCCAACGUUCUGAAUUCACAGGUCUACAUGAGAACCGCUGUCC